AGGGCCAUCGUCGCGGACGACUGUGUGUCGCGACCUUAAUAAGAAAUCGAAUGAAAUUUCGGAUUUAUUUUGGCCUCAUAAGAACACAGCGCUUUGAACGAAACAAAUUAGAAUAAAAAUAAUUCGCUUGGGCGUUCUCGGUGGUGCACGUUUGGCAAUUAAAGGCGACUUACCGGUGUGACCAGGCCACUGACGUACAAAUAAAAUGAGGGCUUAAACGAGCAUCGCGGAAACAAUUAUUAAAAGCAUUACAAUGUCCCUAUAAACCGUUCUGCAACUAAAUAUUUAUGUACAGAUCAAUCGACAACGUCUUCAGAGAUUCAUUGAAGCUACGACAGAAAUUACUGAAGAGAAUAAAAACGUAUUUCAAAGAAAUCGAAUUCAUUAAAAAAGACGCGAUACGAUAUUACGAAGAUUAUAAUGAAACAAAACAAUAGCGUAUUAUGAACAUAUUCAUAGGUAACCAGUAUCAUUUAAAAAAUUUAGUAAAACUAAAAUAAGGUUGGGUACGCGAGAUAUAUUUAGCACAAAAUGGCGGCCAAAGCUGAGACAAUAGGGCCGCGCAAUGGCCACGAAUUGGCGCCAUUAACAACGCGGGCUGACGGCUCUGAACGACCCCACGGAGUUACCAUCGUCCUCCAAGGUUCUAGAGGAUCAUUGCACCGCGACGGACCGGACGAUGACAGGGCUGCCUGGUCCGGUAAACUACAGUUCUUUUUGUCGAUCAUUGGAUACUCUGUGGGCUUGGGUAACAUUUGGCGGUUUCCGUAUCUGUGUCAACAAAAUGGCGGAGGCGCCUUUCUGAUUCCGUUCCUCAUCAUGUUGGUCCUGGAGGGUGUACCUCUGUUCCUGAUAGAGAUGGCCAUUGGACAGAAGAUGCGUCUCGGAAGCCUCGGCGUUUGGAACACCAUCCAUCCCUGGCUGGGUGGUAUCGGCAUAUCCAGCUGCAUAGUGACCCUAUUCGUCGCUCUGUACUACAACGUGAUCAUAACCUGGGUUUUCUUCUAUCUAUUCAACAGCAUCCGGCUGACAGCAGAUCAGCUGCCCUGGUCUAGCUGUCCCCAGGACAACGGGACAGCUGAGGCCGAAUGCAACAAGGCCUCAGCAACAGUUUACUUCUGGUACCGGGAGGCUUUGGACGCGGCGCCCAGUAUCGAGGACCCGGGGGUGCCGCGCUGGUGGAUCGUGCUCUACUUACUGCUCGCUUGGGUUAUCGUGUUCUGCAUAGUGAUGAAGGGAAUCCAGAGUAGCGGGAAGGUGGUGUACUUCACGUCUCUGUUUCCGUACGUGGUCCUGACCAUCUUCUUCAUCAGAGGCAUCACGUUGCCUGGCUCCUCGGACGGGAUCCUUCAUAUGUACAAGCCGAAGCUGGAAAAACUUCUGGAUCCAACCGUCUGGUUGGAUGCGGCCACUCAAGUGUUCUAUUCCUUCGGUCUGGCUUUCGGUUCGCUGAUCGCGUUCGGCUCGUACAACCCUCCCAACAACAACUGCGUGAGGGAUGUGCUCCUCGUGUCCGUCUGCAACGCCCUCACCGCCAUCUACGCGUCCGUGGUCAUCUUCAGCAUCCUCGGCUUCAAGGCGUACACCAUGGUCGAAACCUGCAUUACGAAGGAAAUUAAAGUGCUGGCUCUCAACCACAUCGGCGGGUUCACGCUCAACUCCACUCAAGAUUACUACCGCGAGGAGUAUCCGAAGCUGAACGAGACCCUCGUGGCUGCCUUCAACUUGACCGGCUGCACCAUGAGCAGACAGCUAGAUGAGGCUGCCGAAGGUACAGGGCUGGCCUUCAUAGUGUUCACGCAGGCGAUUCUGAAGCUGACUCCAGCUCCUUUCUGGUCCAUAAUCUUCUUUCUGAUGCUGCUGUCCCUGGGUCUGGGCAGCCAGAUUGGUAUCAUGGAAGGGAUGCUGUGCACCAUUUUCGAUAUUGACUUCUUCAAACGACUCAGCAAGCCAGUUAUAACCGGAAUUGUCUGCUCGUUCUGUUUCCUCGUCGGUCUGAUCUUCACGACCGGAGCCGGGGAGUACUGGCUGAAGAUGUUUGAUUCGUUCGCUGGCACCAUAGGCCUGGUGGUCGUCGCUCUGCUGGAGAUGGUCUCCGUGAUCUACAUAUACGGACACGAGAGGUUCAGCAACGACAUAUACGAGAUGACCGGGUACCGGCCCGGGCUGUACUGGCAGGUGACUUGGCGCUACGUGGGGCCCUUCAUAGUCACCUGCAUCCUGUUCUCGUCACUGGUCUUCAUGCUGAUCAACCCGCCGACGUACGGCGCUUGGGACGCUAACGAGGGUCGCGUGGUAAAAACCCCGUAUCCAACAUGGGUGCUAUUCAUCGCAAUACUGAUGAUCCUGGCCGGUGUCCUGCCAAUACCUGCCGUGCUCCUGCUGAGAAGGUUCCAGUGCCUCGCCUUCGACGUGGACAUCCACCAGGGCUCGAUCCGACGUAUAGAAACCACAGUUUCGACUAAGGAGAUGAUGAGCGAUCAAGAUGUUCUGUCGCCGGAGACCGCGCCCCCCGCCCCCGCGCAGCUCGUCGCGGAGGCCGCCAGCACUAAGUUCACUAUCGGCGAUUUUGACUGUGUGGACAGCGGCGAGGAGAGAACGUCCAGACGCCUGCCAACGAGCAUCGUGCGACGUACGAAGAAAUAAAUGCCAAUUCUGACAGUGACAGCUUCAAUUCAAGCAGCGAUGAUGAGAUAAUUAACCUUAACAAUGCCGGCCGUCUCGCCAUGAAGCCGAUCGGCCACAAACCGAUCACAUUCAAGAUGGAAGUCAUAGAUGAUUGACAAGCAAAAAGCACAGCCUAUUUAAUUAAAUAUUCGGGAGAACAAAAAAAGAAUAGACAGCGUUAAGUACUUGUUGGCAAUAUCGAUAUGGCCGUCCUUGGCAGAAAACAAUUUUUAUUUGAUAAGGAAAAAGAGAAUCUGUCGUUUUAAUAAGUUUAUUUGUUGAACACGUAAUGUACAGCAAAGUGGUCGUUAACAUCUGCUUUCCGCGAGGUCGUUAGAUCCUUAUCAUUUGUAUGUUGCUUUCAACUGUGCUACAUCACGGGCAGUAUAAAAACUAUAGUUACAUUUAAUUCUACGACCGCGACCUGACGUUUUCGGAGAACGAUUUGCCUACACCAUUUAAAUAUACACAAGCUUAAAGACAUUAUACGUAGCCUAUAAAUUCUAUAAUGCAUGUUCAUAAUUUGUGCUCUAGUGAUCAUCACGAGUCAAUAGGACUUUGAGGCGGGAACGCGAGGAGUGAAGUUGUGUGAUUUGUUUUAUUUUGUCUAUUUAGUGUUUCUUCAGGUUUAAAUGUGUAAUAAUGGUGGUUUAUUAACUG